UUGUUGGUGCCUCUUCAACACCAUCAAAAUACGGGAAUAAGGUUCUAAAAUGGUAUAUGAAUAAUAAUUACUCUGUCACACCUGUCAACCCGAAUGAAGAUGAAAUCGAUGGUUUAAAAUGCGUUCCAAAUUUGUCUUCAAUAUCAAACAUUGAUCCCAAAACCAUUUCUGUUUCUGUUAUAACUCCUUCUCAAGUUUCAAAGAAAGUUCUAGAAGAGGCUGCAGAGUUGGGAAUUUCGUGUGUAUGGCUUCAACCAGGAGCUGAAGAUGUUGAAUGUCAGGAAUUCGCAAAUCGAGUUGGGAUGCGUUUAAUUAGUG